AUGCAUAAUCUGCUGGCGCUGGAAGCAGUCAAAUACGAGAUCGAAUUCCUGCUGCACCAGCGCUGGGAGGACAGGCGGUUGCGUUUUUUCGCCACCGAGGAGGGCGGCAGCCACCUGAACGGCCUGCUUCACGAGGGCCGCCUCUGGAAGCCCGACAUCUACUUCCUCAAGCACGGAGAAUUCAAGUCCCCGCUGACGCCGAUACACAUGGGCCUGCGCCUCUACCCGAACGGCACCGUGCUGUACACGCUCCGACGACACAUGACUCUAGUCUGCCAGGGAAACCUCAAGAUAUUCCCCUUCGACAACCCAAAGUGCCCCUUUGCCGUAGAGAGCAUGUCAUACGAGGAGAGCCAGCUGAAGAUUGACUGGUCACCCACAGAGCCGUCCAUCAACACGGCCACCUCGCUGAGGGCGCACAACGCUUACCUGGCCAAGAACGAGACUGGAUACUGCGACACAAGACACACAUGGAGAGGAAACUACAGUUGCCUACGCGUGCUGCUGGUGUUCACGCGAGACAAGUCUUUCUACAUCAGCACCGUCUUCGUGCCAGGCAUCGUGCUGGUGACCAGCUCUUUCAUCAGCUUCUGGCUCGACAUCAACGCCGUGCCGGCCCGCGUCAUGAUCGGCGUCACCACCAUGCUCAACUUUUGCACUACCACCAACAGCUUCCGGUCCACCCUGCCCGUGGUGUCCAACCUGACCGCCAUGAACCUGUGGGACGGCGUGUGCAUGUUCUUCAUCUACGCGUCCAUGCUCGAGUUCAUCAUCGUCAACUACCUGUACCGAAACCUGGGCCUCAGGAAAAAGGCGGCCGCCGCUCGGCGGCCCAGUCGCCCGGCCUCGGCUGAGCCGCUACGAGUGCCUCCGCUGAGGCACGAGCAUCUCGAGAUGAAGGUACAGACUCGGCACUAG